GCCGAAAGUGCAUGUGCCAAUUGCCAUAACCAAAAAUAACAAAUCCCCUAACUUAAUGUCCUCUUCUGUUUAUCUCCAACACUGUUGCAACAACAUAACCACCCACCUUAGGGUUAUAUUUUUGUCUGAAUCUUACUACAUACAUAACAUUUGAUUGGAAUCUGAAACCUAACAUUAUUUUUUCAAGAACAAAUGGAUUCAUCACAAACCAAGAAAUCGCAGAACAACCAGCAAGGAGACUCCCAUCAAUUUCUCCAAAACGUCGUCGUAAUGAGACACGGAGACCGCGUCGACAACUUUGAACCGUUGUGGACAAUGACAGCAGCUAGACCGUGGGACCCGCACCUAGUAGAGGAGGGUCGGGUUAGGGCAUUCUGUACGGGUCGGAAGAUCCGAAACGGCCUUGGGUUCCCAAUCCACCGUGUCUUCGUUUCACCUUUUCUUCGUUGCAUCCAGACGGCGCACGAGGUUGUAUAUGCUCUCUGCGCCGUUGAUGAUGAUCCCAAUAGUUUGUCCUCUAAAGACGUAGCCUCCAUCGAUCCCUCCAAGCUCAAGGUCUCUAUUGAGUAUGGAUUGUCCGAGAUGUUGAACAGGCAAGCCAUCAGAGCUAAUUUAGCUCCUAAAGAUGGGAACUUUGGUUUCAAUGCCUCCGAGCUUCAAGCUAUGCUCCCAGCCGGAACAGUUGAUACUUCUGCUACACGAGUGUAUGAAGAGUUGCCAAAAUGGGAAGAGACGGUGGGUGGUGCAAGGGAUAGGUAUGCUCAAAUUAUCAAGGCGCUAGCUGAUAAGUAUCCUUCUGAAAACUUGCUGCUAGUCACACAUGGGGAAGCAGUUGGGGUUGCAGUCUCUGCAUUUGCAAAGGACAAAACUGUCUAUGAAGUUGACUAUUGUGCAUAUGUGGAACUAAAAAGACCAGUUGAGAGCAAAAAUGAUUCAUGUUCUGCUGGAGAUUUUGAGGUUUAUACGGAUCAUGGUAAAACUGGUGUAAGUUAUGUUGUGGGGGAUGGUUCCUUGCUUGAUCAUGUAUAACUUUUUGCAUGUCAAACAGCUUUGGAAGCAUGACUUGAGCCCUAAUUUUAGUAUGUUGGGCAUUGACAUAAUCUCUCCUGUCAGCUUGAUCGACAUUACAAAUCUAUUAGACUACUGGUUUUACUUGAUGAAGGAAAAUUUUAUUUCUUACA